ACGUCUAUCUGUCCAGAACUGGUGUCAAUCAUAACAAGAAUAAUUUAACACACGAACAAAAACAAACAAAAUUUUAUUUUAAAUUAAAUUAGUCUUAAGCAACAUUAUGGCCCUAUCCAAUAUUAUUUUGCUAAGCCAAAUAGUUGGUAACGUUUUUGCAGCAAUUCUAUCAUUUUGUAUACACGUCCCACUGGCCAACCACAGUCAAGCAUUCGGCGGUCACUGCUUACUAUUCACCACUGGUGUCUGGCGAGAAGACAAUGGGUUAUUUGAGGCUGCCUGGGCUUCGAGAUUUUAUUGCAAUUUUCCAAUAGUUUGCGCUGUCUUUUUGACAUUAAUAUCUUGUUUUCAAGCGUAUAGACUUACCCAGCUAGCUAUCAAGCAUGAAGAACAAUCAUUUCUAAGCUUAUUUCUCGGCGUAUUUUUUGGAAUCAUCAAUUGUGUAUUGACGUUGUGCUCAGCUAUAAUUAUAACAUUGGGCUUCAUUGUUUGGUGUUCGAAUAUGACUCAGAGAUUUCCGUCGUGUGAAAUUGCUGCUGGACAAAAUAUAACCAAAGAAGAAGAACACGUCAAUACUUCAUAUUUUUACAUAGAAAUGGGAACAUCACAAUUCGGAGCAUGGGGAUCAUUUGCCACCUGUGUUGGCCUUUUAGUGAUGGCCCUGCUGAAAUUGAUCAACGACCAUCAGAUGCGUAACAUUAAAGUUUCAAUGUACUUGGAACGCCAACGACUGAUGAAUGAGGAUGCGUUCAGGGACUCAGCUGCCGAAGGUACAAGUACACCACCAAUGCAAACACCGUCUAGAGACAUUUUCCGUAACGCAAAUAAUGCGGCCACCGGUGGAGUGCCGAACGACUAGAACGGGCGGUGUCAUGUGUGUUGUCUGUCUUUUCUGUUGUGAGAUUCAGUAUUUGAUAAUAUGAAAGUAAUGAAUGUUGCUUAGUUGAAUAGUUAUAUAUUUUGUGUGACUGUGAAUAACCAUAAAAAAAGGGAAGUGAUAAUUUUUUUGUUUUUUCAACGCAACUGCAUUAA